AUGUCAGCAUUUUCUGAUACAGAUUUUGACUCUAACAGGUAUUCCAAGUCGAGACCUUCCUAUCCGCAGAGUUUCUACGAGGCACUCAGCAGAUAUCACAAGGGGAAUAGAAAUAUCUUGAUUGAUGUGGGAUGUGGACCUGGUACAGCCACUUUCCAACUCCAGGAGUAUCUCCCAUUUGACCAGUAUGUGGGUUGUGACAUGUCGCAACCGAUGAUUGACACUGCGAAUGGUAGAGCUCAGUCUCAGAACCUCAAAAACAUUCACUUUCACCAGGGACCAUACCAGGACUUGUCGUUUUUGAAACAGAUAGGCGAUGGGAAAUGUGAUAUGGCUACAUGUGUGGAAGCGGUCCACUGGUUUGAUCUCAAGGAGUUCCAACAAGUAGUACACGAUUCUCUAAAUGAGAAUGGCACAUUAGCCAUCUGGGGCUAUAUCGACGCAGUUCUAGUCGACUACCCGGAAUUUGACCAGUAUUUCCAGGACCUUACCUAUGGUGACUCCAAGAUGGGUCCUUAUUGGGAUCAACCAGGGAAGACCAUCUUAAGAAACAAGUACGAGGCAGUACAGAUUGACACGGGCUUGUUCAAAGACGUUGAGCGCCAUGUCUUGACACCUACCGACAUUAGGAAACCAGGUUUUGAAAUUAGCAAAGAAUACUUACCAAUAUGUACGACAAUGCCCUUAUCUGGACUUAUGGACUACAUCAGAACCUGGAGCGGUUACCACAAUUGGAAACAUGACCCAGCUAAUGCCGAUAAAAUGGACCUAGUUGAAGAGACUCUUCAACACAUCAUAGAUUCAGAUAACGACAUAGACUCGGAAUCCAAGUUGGUAAAAGUAGCAUGGAGCUCUUUCUAUAUCUUCGCAAGGAAAAUUUGA